AUGGGCAAUAGCGAUUCGAGCAGUCGGUCUCCGGCGUCACUCGCUGACCGGGAUAUCGAAGAUCUCGGUCGGCGCUUUCCCUUUGGCGAUACCGAACUCCAAGCCCUCUACGCCGCGUACGGAGCAAUGGCGUAUCCCGGGUCGGCAGUUCACCGGGUGUCCUUUUGGUCGGACUGGGCACGAGCGAUUCGCCGUCCGGGUCGUGACGCAGCGGAGGCGACCGUGGCAACGGACACGGCGUUGUUGCUCCGGGUGUGCGAAACCAAAAUCCUCACGCCCGAUCUGGGCACCCGGCUCUACCGAGCCGCCUUUUGGGUACCGGGCGACGUGCUCUGGUACGGUGGUACCGGACAAUCCCAAAAUCCGAAAUCUCUUGGGGAACAAGUGAACGCCGUGCCGCUGGCCAAGGACGGUUCCCCCGAACCAACUACAUCGGACGAGUAUACCCGUAAAGCUCGUCUCGAGCGAACCUUUGAAGGGUUGACCUUGUCGUCCCGCAAAGGCUCCGGACCCGCCGUCAAGGUUCUCUUUGACGCGCUCGCCCUUGAUCCCCACGCACCCGCCACUCUCACUACCGUACCGACACGUAUACGGGCUUUCGAUUUCGUCACGGCGGGCUACCGCUUGGCCAUGGCCACGGCGUUUUUGGCUGCGGCCGCGCACGACAAUGACGACGCCGACGACAUGGCCGGUUUCCUCCCCGAGGCCGAUUCUUCCGGACGCGAUGCGGUUGCCUUGCGAGCGUUGGCGCAGUCUCUGACGGAGCGAGCCCGUAUGCGAGAAGCUCGGCCGGGAAUGUCGAUCGAGUCCCCGCACGAGGACCAUACCGAUGAUCACGUGGAAUUGGAAGAUGUUUACGACUGGAUCGACGCCGUCGCUCCCUUAUUCGCCUCCAUUUUGCCGACGUUUUGGCACCAAAUUCUGUUUCCUCAUCAAGCCUAUCCCCCUUCGCGGACCGCAUUUUCCUUCCCCCGCGUUCCCUGCGAUUCCGUCUUUUUCGAAUCCACCUCCAGUCCAACGCUCUUUACGUUGGGCUGUCUAUCCAAGUCCCUCACUGGUGUUUACUACCGACUCUACACUUCCGCCAGCGACGGCCUCUCCUUCAAUCGUUUACAAAACGCGCUCUUGGGAUAUUCCGGACCGACGCUGUUGUUGAUCCGGACCACGGGUGGCGCCAUCCUCGGUGCCUUCACCGCUUCGGCCUGGAAGGAAUCCCGCGACUUUUACGGCAACACGGACUGUUUUUUGUUUUCCGCGGCCCCCGUGACGGCCGUCUACCGCCCCACGGGCACGGGUCGUAACUUUAUGUACUGCAACUCCUUCGCUCGCUCACGUGGGUACGACCAACAAGCACACGGGAUCGGUUUUGGCGGUACCGUCGACGAACCGCGAUUAUUUCUGUCGGAAUCCUUCGAUGCGUGUCGUGCCGGAGCACAGGACUGCACGUUUGCCAACGGAUCGCUCCUACCCCGGACCAGUUCCGGAGCGCCGCAGACAAAUUUCGAACUAGACGCGGUGGAAGUCUGGGGCGUCGGAGGGGACGACGUGGUCGACGCGGCGUUGGGCCAACGGCAAAAGGCGCGGGCUCUCCGGGAAGAAGGGAUCCGGCGAGCGCGCAAGGUGGACAAGGCGCAAUUCUUGGACGACUUCCGAUCCGGCUUGAUGGAUUCCAAAGCCUUUCAACAUCGACAGCAAAUGCGGGGUCGGGCCGAUGUGGAUUGCGAAGAACGAGCGACCAAACAGUACGAGUACGAAAAGUAAAUUAGAAGAUGUUGCUUCGG